GGCUUCUUCAACAGUGACAAAAGGUUCCUGGUUUACCCACGCGGUGCUUUGCUAGAAAACCUAAAAAUUGAAGCUGUUUCGACCAAUCUUGUGUAUAUUACUCUUAGUGUUUUGAACAUAAUUCUGUUUACCUAUCUACUGGUUCGUUUAAACGUAAUUUGCUUGUUAAAUUAGCAAAUGUGUUCCAUUGAUACUGCACUAGGCUAAUCUCCCGGAGCAUAAACUCACUAAUCUAGACGGAGAAAUAAACUGGUGAAAGGAGGCAAAGAAGCUUGAAGAAUGAAUAAGGAGGCGAUCACAUUGAAACAAGAGGAUGAUAUUACAGUGAAACAGGAAUAUGGGAACGAGGUUGUCAAAGUGGAAAAAGGGGUAGGAGCUUUCAGAAUCAAGAAGGAGGAAGAACCUUUUGAAGUAAAAGAGGAGGAUUUCUCAAUAAAAGAGGAAGACGAGACCGAACAUCCGAUUACCACCAGAGAGAGACGUGACUAUCGUGGAUCCUCUGGGGAGCCUCAACAACCCCAUGAAGCUGAAGAUGCAGAGAAGAGUCUCUCCAGAUCAGAACACCAGAUGGACAACGCUGGCCGUUCCGUCCUCCCGGAGUCACAGUGUCGUACCUCUCCCGGGGGGAAGAAGUUGUCUCUGCUGCUGGUGGACUGCAGGAAAGCAACAGGGCUGAGUGGAACUGAGAGAGGAGGAGAGAAGAACGGAUCAGAUUUGACACAUCAAAAAAUUGAGAGUGACACGAAAGGAAUGGAUGAGGACUCUGUGAGUGAUCUGAGUUUUGAUUCCAGCGCGGAUGAAAUGUUUUUGGAAGAAGAAGAUCCACUUUUCGAUCAUGGCUCCGACUGGGAGUCCCCAGUGCCAACUUGUCCAUCCCCCUGUGAAGCUGGUUCAUCCCCCUGUGAAGCUGGUCCAUCCCCCUGUGAAGCUGGUUCAUCCCCCUGUGAAGCUGGUCCAUCCCCCUGUGAAGCUGGUUCAUCCAGCUGUCCCCCUGCUGUCUCCGGCUCCACGCCUCCCGGGCUCCUCCCCUCUAGAGGACCGGCAUUGAAGAGGAAGAGGGGAAGUGUGUCAUCCGCUAACAGAGGGACAGAAGGGCGUUGGCACACCGUCCUAGAAGACGAUGUGGAGCCACCCCAACCAACAUUUAGGCCGAAAAGGAAGCCAGGACCUCAACUAAACAUGACUGCUAAGUACAGUCCCCUUCAGCUUUUUCAGCUGUUCUUCACCCCAUCCGUUGUAGAGUCGCUCGUGUCUAACACCAAUAAGUAUGGGAAGAAGAAGCAAGCAGGCAAAAAGGCAGCAUGGAAGCCCAUAUCCACGGCAGACUUGUUCUGCUACCUUUCUCUGGUCAUCUACAUGGGGCUGGUGAGGCUGAAAAGCCUGAGGGACUACUGGAAAACGUCAUCUCUCUACCAACUGCCUUUCCCCAUGACUGUUAUGUCCUGCAAAAGGUUUCUGGAUCUCUCCCAGGCGCUUCACAUCAGUGACCCAAUGGUUGAUGAAGAGAAUGAGAAGAAGAGAGGCACAGCGAGGUUUGAUAGACUGUGCAAAAUCAAACCUCUCUACCACAGCAUUGUCGAGGCCUGCAAGACAUACUUUCAGCCAGCCCAGAACGUGUCAAUCAAUGAGAGGAUGGUGGCCUCAAAGGACAGCAUUGGCCUCCAGCAGUACGUGAGAAACAAACCAACCAAGUGUGGUUUCAAGCUGUUUGUGUUGGCUGAUUCUGAGUGUGCCUACACGUGCAAUUUCUUGGUCUACGAGGGGGAGAACAGUUUCGCUUACGACCUUAGGAAGCGGGGAGUGUGGGCUUGUGGCACCAUUCGUACCACCAGGGAGGGCUUCCCGAAGACGAAGGUGAACGACAUGCCUAAGCAUGCUGAUCGGGGACCAUGCGAUGGAUCCGUGAAGAUGGCAUGCUGUUUGUAA